UAUUGGAUUAUUGUAUUUCAAGCGCUAAGUAAGUCUAAAUUAAUAAAAAAAAAGAAAAUUAUUGAAUUUGCUUGUAAAACUUAAAAUGGGAAAACAUAAAAGCUAAACUCAGCAAAAUAUUUUUUUAAAUUUUAUGGAAAAAAACCCCGACUUGGCAAAAAAUUUCGUUAAAGGGGAUCGCGUCGCUGCGGAGGCUUUGUGGGCAGACCUUGCCAAAAUGUUAAAUAGCGAAGGUCYACCGCAAAAAGACGUUAACGGCUGGAAAAAGGUAUGGUCCGAUUGGAAAGGCUGCAUCCGAAAGAAAAUCGCAUACAACAAAAACAAAAGCAGAGCUACUGGAGGACGGCAAUUCAGUAAAUUUACCCUGACCCCCAGUGAGGAAGAAGUUGCUCGAAUAUGUGGAAUUUACACGGCGGUGGAAGGCAUUGCAAAUAGCGCUUCAUUUGGAGUAAGCGUUAAUUCUGUUGAUGUCGAAAACGAUUCUUUGGAUGCCAUUUUAAGUAUUGAUGAAAUUGCCAGCGGCGGACCAAAGUCCACACCACGCAAACGACAGCAUGAGGACAGUGUGCAAGAUUGCCUCAAAAAGCACAUGGCAACAGAAGCAGGUGCAGUUGAGAAGAUAUCCGAUACAUUGCAGCUUCUUUCUGCCAAUAUGGAUAAACUGACGAAAUUAGUGGCGCAAUAAAACCAGCUUAUUGCCGAACAAAACGCCGAUCGUCGAAAGUAUUAUCUGGCCAAGCAGGAMAGCUUAAUCGCUAAAAAUAUUAUUAAGCAAAAGAUGCUCGAAAUUGAAGAAAUUCGAGUCCAAAGGGAUAUUUAUUUAAAACCA